GCGAGUGCCUUCCCCUUGGUUUGGGGUCCUGCUCCAAGAGUAAUCCACUCUACUGCCAGCAUGCCCACCCAGCUGGAGAUGGCCAUGGACACCAUGAUUCGCAUUUUCCAUCGGUACUCUUGCAAGGAGGGGGACAGGUUCAAACUCAACAAGGGGGAGCUGAAGAUGCUGUUACAGCGAGAGCUCACAGAGUUCCUCACAUGCCAAAAGGAUCCCCAGUUGGUGGAUAAGAUAAUGCAGGAUCUGGACGCCAAUAAGGACAACGAAGUGGAUUUUAAUGAGUUUGUGGUCAUGGUGGCAGCUCUGACGGUUGCUUGUAAUGAUUACUUUGUAGAGCAACUGAAGAAGAAAGGCAAAUAAAGAUGACUAGUAAGGUAGCAAAAGGCAGAACCA